GUUGUGUGCUCUUCCUGGCGAUGGCGGACGAUUUCGAGAUUGCCGACGCGGGUAUGGACGAAGAGGCCGGAAUGGAAGCUACAUCGGCGGCUCCGCUCAAGGCCGGCGAGGAGCAAGAGAUCGGCAAGAAUGGCCUCAAGAAGCUGCUCGUCAAGGCCGGAACUGGCUGGGAGAUGCCAGAGCCUGGCGAUGAAGUGAAAGUUCACUACACUGGAACGCUUCUGGAUGGAUCCAAGUUUGAUUCGAGCAGGGAUAGGGGCGAUCCUUUCACAUUCAAGCUUGGGCAAGGCCAAGUUAUCAAGGGAUGGGACGAAGGCAUUAAGACAAUGAAGAAGGGUGAGAACGCGGUGUUCACCAUUCCCCCGGCCUUGGCUUAUGGAGAAGCUGGGUCGCCGCCAACCAUACCACCCAAUGCGACGCUCAAGUUUGACGUUGAGCUCUUGUCUUGGGACAGCGUCAAGGAUAUCUCCAAGGAUGGUGGCGUGGUGAAGAAGAUUGUUUCCGAGGGAAAAAAAUAUGAGAUGCCGAAAGAUCUCGACGAAGUGACUGUGAAGUACGUCGCGAAGAAUGAAGCUGGGCUUGUAGUUGGACAGUCUCCUGAGGAAGGGGCAGAGUUUUAUGUUCACCAAGGUCAUUUUUGCGAAGCACUUGCCAUUGCUGUCAAGACGAUGAUGAAGGGGGAAAAAGCUUUGCUGACCGUGAGGCCGAAAUAUGGUCUUGGCGAAUCGCAGGGCACACUUUCUAUCGAUCUGGAGCUGGUAUCUUGGAAAACUGUUGAGAAAAUCGGCCAAGAUGGCAAAAUUACGAAGAAGAUUAUCAAGGCGAGUGAAGGACAUGACAAACCCAACGAUGGAACCAUUGUGAAAAUCAAGUAUGUGGCCAAGCUUUUGGACGGCACUGUGUUUGAGAAGAAAGGCGACGACGAGGAUCCCUUCGAGUUUAAAACUGAUGAAGAACAAGUUAUUGAUGGGUUGGACAAGGCGGUGGCGACGAUGAAGAAAGGAGAAGUUGCAGUUGUUACCAUUGGUCCUGAGCACGGGUUUGGAGACGUUGAUACUCAACGGGAUCUCGCUUUGGUUCCUGCCAAUUCUACCCUGGUUUAUGAGGUGGAAAUGAUCUCUUUUGUGAAGGCAAAGGACUCGUGGGACUUGCACAAAGCAGAGGAGAAGCUGCAAGAAGCCACCGUCCGUAAGGACGAGGGCAAUGUUCUAUACAAAGCUGGUAAAUUUGCUCGUGCCUCAAAGAAGUACGAACAGGCCCUGAAGUUUAUUGACUACGACUCCAACUUUAGUGACGACGAGAAGAAACAAGCCAAGGCACUCAAAGUCUCUUGCAACUUGAACAACGCUGCGUCAAAGCUGAAGCUCAACGAGUUUAAAGACGCAAUCAAGUGCUGCUCGAAGGUGCUUGAGCUGGAGUCGCAGAACGUAAAGGCUCUCUACCGCAGAGCUCAAGCUUACACGCGCACUGCAGAUUUGGACCUGGCCGAGUUUGAUAUCAAGAAAGCGUUGGAGAUUGAUCCACAAAACCGGGACUUGAGAAUGGAGUACAAGUCACUGAAGCAAAAGCAAGUAGAAUACAACAAGAAGGAAGCCAAGCUCUAUGGCAACAUGUUCGCAAGGCUGAGCAAGCUCGAAGCGUUGGAACAGAAAUCCGAGGCCCCAAUGGAUGAAGAUAAGCCGCUCGAGCAGCCAGUGAUUGAAGAAAUGGUCACAGAAGAGGCGGCUAAUUAGCUAUAAUUUCAUUGUUAACAGACUUUUAAUCAUUUUCGAAUAUAACGGAAUACUCUCAUUAAAAGGCGAA